AUGGUUGAAAUCGACCUUAAUAAAGAAAAUGAGGAGGAGCCUGAUUUCUCCGAUCCUGAGGACUAUGUUGAUGACAUUACUGACGAAGAACUUGUUAUGGACGUGUUGCGUCAGCAGCCAUCUAAAGAUGAAUAUGAGGAGGCCUGCUUGAUUAUUUUUGGAAUUCCCGUUGUUGGCCCUGAAAGAAUAGGAAAACUCAAAAACGUUCUUACUAAGGUCUUCACAAAUGUGGAACCUGAUCAUAAAGCGCAUUUCCCUCUUACGGAUGAGGGAGGAAGCAAGGUAUUACAAAUCAAUUGAAU